AGGCCCUCAGAUUACCAGGUUUCACUCAAAAUUCAGGGCUACGCUGCAAGUUUGACCGGGACACGGUUCACUCAGUUAUUGCUGUGCACUUUUGGGAGAAGAAAGUACAACCCGCAGCAGGAUGCUAGCUACUAUCAGUCGGCAACUCAGAACCCAUCCAGCAUUGAUUCCACUCUUCAUUUUCAUCGGUGGUGGUACGACAAUGUCCAUGUUGUACCUCGCUCGUCUGGCCCUGCGCAACCCAGACGUCUGUUGGGACCGCAAGAACAACCCUGAACCAUGGAACAAAAUGGCCCCCACUGACCAGUACAAGUUUUUCGCUGUGAACAUGGACUACAGCAAGCUGAAGAAGAAUGGCCCUGACUUCUAAGCGAACCUAUCCCUCUGCUUGCCAAUGGACCAAAGCAGACCUGCAGUCAUUAGGAUCCAAAAAAAUGACCCAAACAAAUGCAAGCUAACCGCACAAUUGAACCUAUGACACUCCACUGUGCUUUGUUUACAUAAAAUGUCUUUUUACCUUUUCCUUAAUACCCAUGGUUGUCUGUAGCAAUAAAAUAAAGAUAAUAAAGAUGGCAACCUCCUCCUGGUGCAAGAAAA